AUGGAUUAUGAGCCAAACACUUUCCUUAACCUCAGUUUAUCAUCCAUGAUCAAUAAUAACCGUAAUCAUAAUAAUGAUGAGAUGAUUAACAUAGACUCAAUCCCUUACCCUUUAUCUCCAAACCAUUCCCUAUCACCAUCCUCAAGCCCGGUCGAGGCCCGUGUUUUCUCAUGCAACUAUUGCAGAAAGAAAUUCUACAGCUCACAAGCACUUGGAGGGCAUCAAAAUGCUCACAAGUUGGAAAGAACUCUUGCCAAGAAAAGCAGAGAACUCUUUCGUCCCCAAUCUCGGGUUGAUGGGCCGGUUUUUGGGCCUAGCCAUGAGGGUCGUGCCAGCUGUCUCGGGAGAAUAGAGGUCAUGAAUUAUGGAUUUAGUGCUGUUGAAAGGGAUGUUCGUGUUCGUAAAGAAGAGCUCAGCCAGCUUGAUCUUUCGCUAAGGCUUUGA